CAAUAAUGACAAAAACAAAUCGGUUACCAAUGGCGGGUUCCACGAGCCUCGUGUUCCUCUGUUUCUGACCUUCUUCUUCUUCUUCCUUUCGACUCUGAAUUUCCAAUUCAAUUUCUCUGAAACACACAGACAAACAGCCAAGCGAGUAGACCGAGAAACAAAGAAGAAUACCCACUGGACAAAUUUUGCUCAGAUCUCCACCUUCACGCAUUCCCAUGUCUGUUUUCCUUUCCUUUUCUCUUUCUAUUUUCAAUUUCUUCUUAAUUUUUUAUCUCCAAAAUCACUCCAAUUUGUGAAUUCCGGUUCUUGUUUUUACUUUCAGAAUUGGGAUUCCUCUAAUUAAUCCUCUUCCCAAGUAUUCAUUCAAUCUCUUUCUCUCUCUGUCUCUGAUUCUGUGCUCCUCGCAUGGACGGCUAUUACGCAUUCUCAUCGAUCUCAACGAUUAUUUCUGGAUCUGGAGUGGUCGAUGUUGCUCAUGAUGCUUCUCCCUGUUUUUCAUCUCCAUCGAUUUGGAAUCGGGCGGAUAUGGCGGCUAUGAUUAGGAGGGGUAUGCCGGUGUUCUUUGGUGGUAUUGGCCUAGGGUUUUGCUCUGGGGUUUUUCUGUGGUUUCUGUUACCAUGGGCUGUGGAGGAUCCAAGGUGGACGAGCUUCAAUUGGUGACUCUUUGUAGAGAACGGAAGGAGUUGAUCAAAGCCGCGUCUCGACAUCGUUAUGCUCUUGCUGCAGCUCAUGUUACGUAUUUUCAGUCUCUCAAAGACAUUGGUGAAGCUAUACGUAAAUUUGUUGACGAAGAGAUUGUGAUCUCUGGUGCUGAAUCAUCAUCCUCUCAUGGCUCUCCUGUUCUUACACUGCCAUCCGAUGAAGGGAAGGGGAAGAGGAAGAAACCGAAAUCUGGUGAGAAACACAUAAACUCGUCUUCUUCUUCCUCGGUUUUACAUUCUGUUUCGAUUUCACAUGAGCCCUCUCCUCAUGAAGACGAGAUUGACGGUUCUCACUUGCAUUUAUCAUCUGGAUCGGAGUCUGAAUCUGAACACAAUUCUUCGGGUCAUAUUCAUAUCGAGGAUAGCCCAGUACAUGAUGAAGUUCAUAGCCAUCCUCCUUAUGCUUAUCCGCCAAGGGAUACCCCAUUUCAAGAAGAAGUUUAUAGCCAUCCUACUUAUGCUUAUCCGCCAAGGAAUGUCCCAGUACAAGAUGAAGGUCAUAGCCAUCCUUCUUAUGCUUAUCCGCCCAGAGAUAUCCCAGUACAAGAUGAAGGAUAUAGCCAUCCUCCUUUUGCUUAUCCGCCAAGGGAUAUCCCAGUACAAGUUGAAGGUUAUAGCCAUCCUCCUCCUUAUGCUUAUCCCCCAAGGGAUUGGAGUUCAACGAAUACAUACGCCUAUUAUAUGCAGAAGUCAACCACUCCGGCGACGACGGUAAUGUAUGAUGGGCCGGAAACACAUACAGCUUCAGAUGGGCAGUUGCCUGGUCCAUCGUACAGUUAUCCGCCAUAUAUGCAGUAUGGAAACGGAGGGUUCUAUGGGUUUUCAAUGGGUUCACCCCCGGAUUAUAGUAUGCCCAGUCAGCAGCCAAGGCGCCCUGCUACUCCACCGCCUCCGCCUUCUCCGCCGAAGGUCUCUGCUUGGGAUUUUAUGAAUGUUUUUGAUGGUUAUGAUAAUGGUUAUCAGGAUUAUAAUUCAGGAAAUAGAUAUGGGUAUGGUUCCAUUCAGAGCAGUCCUGAUUCCAAUGAAGUGAGGGAGAGAGAAGGGAUACCUGAGUUGGAAGAUGAAACGGAGCCUGAAGCUCUGGAAGAAAUUAAAGAGAGGAAGAAAUUGAAGGUGGAGGCGAUGAACAAGAAUCUGAAUUUAGGGGAGGGAACUUCAAAGUUUGUACCACCGGAGAGUAGUGGGGACAGCUCAAAGCCUGUGCCAUUGCCAAAUAGUGAUAGCUCAACGGUAUCAAAGCAAAAGGGCAUAAAUAACAGUCCUGAUACACUUGUGUCUAAAAAAUCGGAACAGGAGCCAGUGGAGAAGAAAGAGGUGAGUUUUGAGAUUGAGGAGACUUCAACAUUGGAUAUCGAAUCUUCCAAGAAAAGUAAUUUAGCCACAUUUGCUGCCUUUGGUACAAGGGACCUCCAGGAAGUUGUGAGUGAAAUUAAGGAUGAAUUUGAAGCUGCUUCUGGCUAUGGGAAAGAGGUUGCCAUGUUGCUUGAAGUGGGGAGAUUGCCUUAUCGAUCUAAGAUCACUGUACUUAAAGUGAUUCUUUCUCGGAUCCAGUACUUGGUGGCCCCUUCCUCAGCAUCUUCUCAGCCGCCAUUGAUUUGGUUGGACCCUAAGACGGUGAAAAUGGCCAAAGCAUACACUGGGUUGAGCAGUCCUGGCAAUGAGUUUGACUUGAAAUCUGGAAGCCUUUCAUCUACGCUGGAGAAGCUUUAUGUAUGGGAGAAGAAAUUGUAUAAAGAAGUUAAGGAUGAAGAAAGGUUACGUGUUAUUUAUGAAAAACUGUGCAAAAAGUUGAAAAGGUUAGACGAACAUGGAGCUGAUUCCAGUAAAAUUGAUGCUACUCAUGCCUCUAUUAGAAAAUUAUCAACCAAGAUCGACGUCUGUAUCAAAGCCGUUGAUGCUAUAUCAAGCAGGAUACAGAAGUUACGGGAUGAAGAAUUGCAGCCUCAAUUAAAUGAUCUUAUUCAUGGGUGGAUAAAAAUGUGGAGAUCCAUUCUCAAAUGUCACCAGAAACAAUUUCAAGCAGUCAUGGAGAGCAAGAUUCGCUCAUUAAAAGCUAGAACCGGCUCUCGAAGAGAUGAGAGUCUGAAAGCUACUGUGGAUCUUGAAAUGGAACUUGUCAAUUGGUGCAGCAGAUUUAGCAAUUGGGUUCGCACUCAAAAAGCUUAUGUUGAAUCAUUAAAUGGAUGGCUCCUACGAUGCCUUAACAAAGAGCCUGAAGAAACCGCUGAUGGAGUUGCUCCUUUUUCACCAGGUCGGAUGGGAGCUCCGCCAAUUUUCAUUAUUUGUGAUGAUUGGCACCAUGCUAUGCUUGAAAUUUCAGAAGAUAAAGUGGUUGGUGCCAUUCAUGGUUUUGCUUUAAACUUACAUGAGUUAUGGGAAAGGCAAGAUGAGGAACAACGUCAGAGAAUCAAAGCCAAUUUCCUUUACAAGGAUUUUGAAGAACACCUUAGAACCUUGAAAAUGGAGAGAGCAAUGAUAAAAUCUGACCAAGAUGAGGCAUCAGGAAGAACUGCACUUUCCAAAGUUCCUUCUAAAAAUGAAGUUUCACCACCAGAUGAUCUGAAAGCUAAUUUGGAUUCAUUGAGGAAGAAGUUAUAUGAUGAAAGAGCAAAACACAAGGAUGCCAUUAAACUGGUUCAUAGUGCUGCUUCAAAUAGCAUACAAGCAGGCUUGGUUCCAAUUUUUGAGGCUUUGGAAAAAUUCAGUUCUGAGGUCAUGAAAGCUUAUGAGCAAGUUAGACUUUAAAACUCUUAGAGGCUAAUACCUGAAGUACAAUUUAGCUCCACCACAUUCGUUUAAACAGGAUUGUACUACAGCAGGUUGUGUGUGAUCGGGAGAUACUCUGACAUAUCGGCACUCGCAAAUCCUGGUAGGCAUUUAUUUAAAAUCCCCUCCCUUUCAUGUACAUAUAUAAGCGAUCGAGAUCACCUGGUGUAUGUAUAAUAUUAGGUUAGGAGAAGGAAACCAUGAAAAAGUAUUAGAAACACUGAGAAAAGAAGAAUGAAUAAGAGAAGCUUAGAAGCGAUAUUUUCGGAACAAAAAGUUGGAUUAUAAUUUUGAAGAGGAGAGAAGGGUUUUAUUAGAGGAUUAAGGAGAACAUAGAUAAUAGAGGUCAGUGGUGGUAUUGGUUACUUUGCUGUGCCUUGGAGAGCUGUGAAGUUGGUGCAGGUUUUGAAAAAAAAAAUGGUUUUGUUUUGCUUAGCACCUUCGUUUGGAUGGAUAGGAACAGGAAUGUUGUAUAGAAAUUCAUUUAUUGGUGCAUUUGUUGUAAGUUACAUUAGAUUCUAGAAUCUCCAAGAUGGAAAAACUAACCCAAAUUUUGAUAAUCUAUGUUUUGGAGGAGUAA